ACGUGAUCACUGCGAAACGUCGUUAUUAUCAAAAUAAAUUAAACGAGUUUAAAGACGACUCAAAAGGUACUUGGAAAACGUCAAAUAGUCUUAUCGGCAAACCAUCCAAAAAUACUGAAAUUAAUGAAAUUAAAAUUCCUUCAAAUGUUAACUACACUUUAACAAACGCAUGCGAUAUUUCUAAUCAUUUUAAUAAAUAUUUUUCACAAAUUGGAGCAAAGCUUGCUGCUGAAGUUCCAGAUUAUAAUGUUGAUCCGACAAAAUAUUUAAAAAAAGCAAAUUCGUCUUUUGCUUUUGUCGAAAUAGAAGCUGAAGAGGUUUUAAAAUUAUUGAAGAAGCUCGACAUUUCUAAGGCCACUGGUCUAGAUAAUAUUUCGAACAAGAUAUUAAAAAUCGCAGCACCUUGUAUUUAUGGACAUCUUACCAGCCUAUUUAAUUUAUCCAUUAAGCAUAAUGUUUUUCCAAAUGAGUGGAAAUCAGCAAAGGUUUUUCCUAUUUUUAAAUCCGGUGAACGCAGUGACUCAAAUAAUUAUAGACCAAUAUCUGUUUUGCUUGGUAUUUCUACGUUAUUUGAGAGAUUGGUCUAUAAUCAGAUUUAUGCAUAUCUAAUGAAAUUUGAUCUAAUUAAUUCAAGGCAAUUCGGUUUUAGGUCACUGCAUUCAACUGUAACUGCAUUACUGGAUUUAACUAACCAGUGGUAUUAUAAUAUUGAUAGAGGUAUGAUCAAUGGUGUCUUAUUUUUAGAUUUAAAAAAAGCAUUUGACACUGUUGAUCAUAAUAUAUUAUUAACCAAAUUAAGUUUUCUUGGAAUCUGCGACAAAACAUUACAUUGGUUUAAAUCAUAUUUCACUGAUAGAACUCAACAAUGUUAUGUUAAUGGUUAUUUAUCUGGUAAAGUGCAGGUCAAAAGUGGAGUUCCCCAAGGUUCAGUUCUAGGUCCUUUAUUAUUUCUUAUUUAUAUAAAUGAUUUGACGACUUAUGUUAAUCAUGGUACUGCCCGAAUGUAUGCAGAUGAUACUAACGUAUCAUUCUCAGCAUGUGUUUUUUCUGAACUUCAACGGCAGAUGAAAAAAGACCUGGAACAUUUAGAAUCCUGGCUUAUAGCCAACAAACUUACUUUAAAUACAGUGGAAACUGAAUAUAUGGUUGUUGGUUCAAAACAAAGAAUAAAUUCACUUGUGGGUAAUCUGACACUUUCCCUUAAUGAUAUAUCUCUACGUAAAGUUAAGAGUACUAAGUGCUUAGGAGUGACAAUAGACGAAUUUCUCACAUGGGCUGAGCACAUAGAUAAUGUAAUUAAAAAAUUAGCGAUCUGCGUUAGUCUUCUACGUAGAAAUAGAAAAGUCUUGAAAAAGUGCGAUCUUAUGAAUGUAUAUAGAGCUAUUGUAGAACCUUAUUUUGAUUACUGUUGUAUAAUUUGGGAUGGCAUCAGUGACUAUUUGGCGUUAAAGCUUCAAAAACUUCAAAAUCGUGCAGCACGUAUUAUUACUGGAGCCGACUAUUCGCGAAGGUCCAGUGAUAUAUUAAACGAAUUAGGAUGGGAGAAGUUGAGUGAACGAAGACAAAAAUGCAAAGCA